AUGGUAACAAAGAUGGUGGUCAUGGUAGACAUAGCGGUGAUGAUGACGUCCGGAAGCGUGCUGCAUCACUGGAAUGAAAUCUACUACUUUGUGGAGCAGCUGGCUCACAGGUUCAUCAGCCCGCAGCUCAGGAUGUCCUUCAUCGUCUUCUCUACUCGAGGGACAACCUUAAUGAAACUGACUGAGGACAGGGAACAGAUCCGACAAGGCCUAGAAGAACUCCAGAAAGUUCUGCCAGGAGGAGACACUUACAUGCACGAAGGAUUUGAAAGGGCCAGUGAGCAGAUUUACUAUGAAAGCAGUCAAGGAUACAGGACAGCGAGUGUCAUCAUCGCACUGACGGACGGGGAGCUGCAUGAAGACCUCUUCUUCUACUCGGAGAGAGAGGCCAACAGAUCUCGAGACCUUGGUGCGAUCGUUUACUGCGUUGGCGUGAAGGAUUUCAAUGAAACUCAGCUGGCUCGGAUCGCAGACAGUAAGGACCACGUGUUUCCUGUGAAUGAUGGCUUCCAGGCUCUUCAAGGCAUCAUCCACUCGAUUUUAAAGAAAUCCUGCAUUGAAAUUCUAGCAGCGGAACCAUCCACCAUAUGUGCAGGAGAGUCCUUUCAAGUGGUCGUGAGAGGAAAUGGCUUCCGACAUGCCCGAAAUGUGGACAGGGUCCUCUGCAGCUUCAAGAUCAAUGACUCAGUCACACUCAAUGAGAAGCCCUUUGCUGUGGAAGAUACUUACUUGCUGUGCCCAGCGCCAAUCUUAAAAGAAGUUGGCAUGAAAGCCGCACUGCAAGUCAGCAUGAAUGACGGCCUGUCCUUCAUCUCCAGUUCCGUCAUCAUCACCACCACACAGUGUUCAGACGGCUCCAUCCUGGCGAUUGCCCUGCUGAUCCUCUUCCUGCUGCUGGCCCUGGCGCUGCUCUGGUGGUUCUGGCCCCUGUGCUGCACAGUGAUCAUUAAGGAGGUUCCCCCGCCCCCUGUGGAGGAGAGUGAGGAAGAAGACGAUGACGGUCUGCCGAAGAAAAAAUGGCCAACGGUAGAUGCCUCUUACUAUGGUGGCCGUGGUGUUGGAGGCAUCAAAAGGAUGGAGGUCCGCUGGGGAGAAAAGGGCUCCACAGAAGAAGGGGCUAAGCUGGAAAAAGCAAAGAAUGCGAGAGUCAAGAUGCCAGAGCAGGAGUAUGAGUUCCCCGAACCCCGAAAUCUCAAUAACAACAUGCGUCGGCCUUCUUCUCCCCGGAAGUGGUACUCACCCAUCAAGGGAAAACUCGACGCCUUGUGGGUCCUGCUAAGGAAAGGGUAUGACCGAGUGUCCGUGAUGAGGCCACAGCCGGGAGACACGGGCCGCUGCAUCAACUUCACCAGAGUGAAGAACAGUCAGCCAGCCAAAUACCCCCUCAACAACACCUACCAUCCCAGCUCAGCACCGCCGGCUCCUAUCUACACUCCUCCACCCCCUGCUCCCCACUGCCCUCCCCCAGCCCCCAGCGCCCCCACUCCUCCCAUCCCUUCCCCACCAUCCACUCUCCCCCCUCCCCCUCAGGCCCCACCCCCCAACAGGGCACCACCCCCCUCCCGACCUCCUCCAAGGCCUUCUGUCUAGAACCCAAAGUCUGUGCCCUGGGCUGCCUGAGAAACUCCAGCAGAGCCUCCUCUGCUGACAGAAAGAUCUGCCCAGCCCACGUGGUGAGCAGCGGCUGACAUUUGCACGAUUAAAAAGCAAGUCGUGAUGGGCAGAAGAAAAUGGGAAUUUUGAACUGCCUGAAGACAAACAAUGAGACAAUGACAGUCACAUUUCUAGCCUGUGACCCCUCGCUUCCAGAGGAAGGUUCCAGAGACGGCCACAUUGCCAAUAUGUUCUCAGACAGAUUAUCUCCCAUGGAGGAGGCCAGGAAGAAAAUGAUUGCUGAGCAUGAUUGCAGCAUUGGAUAGGAAAUGCCCUGGCUGAGGUUCUGGAUGCCGCCUCCCGGACCUGACUCUUGACCCUUGGACUGGGAAGCAGGCCAUCCUCACCCCUGGGCACUGCCCAGCAACUCUGACAACAGGAGGUGUCCCUAGUGUGCAUCAAGCAGGUAUCCGGCUGGGCUCUGCAGGCUGCCUUCUAGGAGAACAUCUGCUCUAUUCUCUUUCCCAACCCUUCCGGCUUCCCGGUGAGGAGGGAGACAGGGGCUGCCGCGGGAAAGGUGUGUUGCCAUGCUGAGAGGUUAGCAAAGCCGGUCCUUAGCGCUGACGGAAAAGUGUGGAUGGGAGCAUCAGGUGUUACAUCUAGCCAGCCACAGUCCCUAAACCGGCAAGCCUUGUCAUUGUCAAAGGCAACCUGCCAACGAUUCACCUUCAAACAUAUCGAGGUUUGGCUUUGGCAUAGAUAAGAGCUGCUCACACGGCGCCUUCCGAGUGACACCCACAGGGUCCUUCAUCUUCAGUACACGAGAGACUUCUAAAUCCAGCUGAGUGGAAGUAGUCCCGACUUGAUGAGAAAACUUCCUAGGUGGUUCCCUCUGAAACGGGCCAUUGUAUGGAAGGAGUAUUUCUCCUUGGCUUUUCAACCUGUUCAAAUACUACCAGUUGUUAAAUAAGGGAAAAUACACCCAGUGUGUAACACAGAAAAUCUCUGCCUGAGACCCCCACCCCACUUCUUCCUUGUCGUUCUGAAGCUGCUUGUUCAGUGAGCCCUUUGUCAAAGGCAGAGUGCAACCCAUGCAAAAUGAUGCUUCCAUCCUGUUCCCACACACCCUAAAAUUCUGGUCUCUGGCUCCUAGAACUCGAAACUCUUCCCUGGAACAAAAGAAAUAAAAUAAAUACAAGCUCUUAUGCUUUGGGCUGUGAGCUACGAAGCUCCUUCAAGGACUCAAGUUAGCCUGUCUUUCAGCUCGUACGGAACAAAGGCAUCCAAGCAUAGUGCGCUCUGUAGACAUCAAUUCUCGUUCCCAGGCAGACAUUACUAAUCAAUCUCAGCAGUACUUCUCAAAUUAACCCAAUGAUAUUUUCCCACAAUACUUGAAAUCACUCCUCUAAGGACCCAUCAAUCAUCAGUUAGAAUUGAGAGAGAUAAAUGCUAUUUGUAAUCCCUCCCUUAGAAAGAAAAGCAGAGGAAUGGAGGAGCCACCAGCAUAAAGCGUAUUGUCUAUGGAAAAUCGACCUGGGAGAGCACCUAAGUCCAAGACAGUAAUGUUCCACCCUUGGUGCCAAUACCAAAGUAACACCUUCCCAAGUGUACCCCAGACCUUGCCCUUCUCCCUGUGGCUGCCAUUCCCCGCUUCUCAGGAGUUAGGAAAGCGACCUCCUUCACCCUUACUGUGCCCUGCACUUUCCUCUUGUAGAACAUGGCUUCUUUAGUGUAGUUUCUCAUAAUGCAGGGGCCAGAAUGUCUCAGCCACCUGAGGUGACAUUGCUAGACCCCAGAAAACCAUUCCAAGGAGAAUGAGCUCCCCGGGCUCAAAGCAUGGAGACAAUGAGCCCAUGGCAACUGUUUUGACUGCUGGCAGUACAAAACAGGCCACCCACUCCCCCACUGCACAAUUUGUACAGCCAUGAGAUAGUCCGAAUCAAGAUGCUGUUCCACAAGAGUGGGCUCCGGGGAAGGCAGCAAGCUCCCGAGAGCAGGCCUUGCUGGGCCCUGUGCAGUUUCAAAGGAGGCCGUGAUGUGUCUGAGGAAUAAGGGAUGCUGAUGUCUGGUGGUUCUGAGAAGUAUUUACAAGGUUUGGCCUUGGAAUUGACCCAACGUCUUCCCUGGUCAUUCAGAAUCAUGGUUAGAAGUUUCUAGAAGCUGGCCAAGGUUACGACCUUUCACAGUAGGCUUCCACAGGCAGGAAAAGCCUUUACCUGGUUGAGGUUGACAAAGUCCAUAGGUUCUGUGUGAUUCCCUGUGAGCAACAGAGAUGGUGGUUGUAAUUAAGAAACUGCAUGCAUUAUCUGUUUGACCCCUUGUGAUUGUCCUCAUGAAGUUUUUUUUUUUAUAUAAAAGCCAAAUUUUGUUGUAUAUAUUCAUGUUCCACGUGACAGAAGGAAGCAUGUCCUGUCGGUGUGGAUAAGAACAGUUGUAGUAAAUUAUUAAAGCCAAUGAUGUUUCAUGGCCGGUCACUUUACCAAGCUGUGCUUGUUCAGUUCCUAUGACCAUUCUGCUUUUACAAUGUACAAAUAGUUACUGAACCGACGACACCCUCGUUUACACAACAGCCACAACAGCCUUGCUGAGAACUGCUGUCCCUCUGCUGUGACGGCCAGCUGGCUAGCAGGGUCCUGCCUGGAGCUCCACACACUCUCCUGUGAGACAGAAGAGCUGUCUUUCCCCAGCUUUACCCAUAAACUAGUGGAAAGUCUUGGCUCUCCAACCUGGGCCAGGAGUCUCCCCGGAACCCUGAGGAUGAGCAGAAAUGAUCUUCACAGAAUGUGACGGUGGAAAAAUCCACCAAAUAAUAAUCGUGAGAUAAUGACCAUCAGUUCAGGAACAAAAGGAAUGGAUGCUGUGUAAAACGGGUGGAAUUUGUUUGCAAGCUGUACAAAGCUGGCUGGUACUCACCAGGAGGGAGGGAAGGAGCGCUCUGGUCAGGUGGGGUUUUGGGGUUUUGUUUUGUUUUGUUUUUAGUUAUCUGAGCUCAGCUGCGUCACCAUGCUUGGAGAACCAGUUUAAAAGAAUUAAGAGUAUGAUUUCUGAAUACACAUACCGCUAAACUCUUCUCUUUUUCUAUGAUAACUUAGUUAUGGUUUCAGCGUCUCUGAGUUAUUGUUAUAAAAGAUCUGUCACCACCAUAUCACACUGCAGGAGACUGGGCUGAACCUGUACAAUGGUAUACCCUGGAAGUUGCUUUUUUAAAAUAAUAAUAAUAAAUAAAUACCUA